AUGGCGCACGCCACCAACUUCCUAAACAUGCUUCUUCACGCCAACACGUCCAGGGAGCAACAUAUCAAGAGGGACAUCCAGUGGUACCAUGCGCUGGUGAGGAGUAUGUUGGAAGGGAAUCCCAAAAUCCAUCGGGCAGUGGUCACAUUUCACACGGCGUCUCCAGAGGCGCACGGUCCGCAGUUAUUUCUACAGGGGACCAGAGCCGAGAACCAAAUCGUGCUUCAGGAUCUCUCCGUCAGCGCGCACCAUCGACUUAAAAACAGGACAUCUGAGUCCGAGUGGUACAACGAGUUUAGGGACCGAAAGGGAGCUCACUUUCUCAAAAGUAGGGGGCUUCUGGUAGCACAGGGCGGAUAUGUUUUGGACAGAAGUCAUGUGAAAUGGUCUGCGCCCUAUCUGGAGUGUGAACAUGGCAGUUUUGUGCCACACUGGCUGUUGACACUGUCUGCAGGUUUCUAUGGCUUGAAGAACAACACAGCUCCAGAGUUUAGAGGAGUUGUACGUGUAGAUGUUAAUCUACAGGAUGUGGACAUUGACCAGUGCUCCAGCAGUGGCUGGUUUGCAGGCACUCAUCGCUGUAACUUGACAACUAUGGAGUGUAAGCCAAUUGUAGGCCAUGGAUUUGUGCUGGACAAGUACAAGUGUCAAUGCAAAUCAGGUUUUUACCAUCCAAGUCGAGUGGCACUGAAUGGCUUCCCAAAAUCGGACCGGGGCUCAUACAGUGAUGAAUUCUGGGAAGUGCCUGAUAGAUGUCUGCCGUGCCAGAAAGGAUGUUUGUUCUGCACUGACGACACACCAUGUCUGGCUCAAGAAGACACUGCUCUCCGUCUGGCCAUGGUCUCCUUUCAAGGUUUCUGUAUGCUCCUGGACUUCAUCAGCAUGCUGGUUGUCUACCACUUUCGGCGCAACAAGAGAAUCAGAGCAUCUGGUCUUAUUCUUGUUGAAGCAAUACUUUCAGGAUCUGUACUUCUCUACUUUCCUCACACCUCCAAAGCCAUCUGUGAUAGUCAACAGCUCAUGCAUGUGGUUUUAAAAUUGUUCCUGUCACGCACGGCCCAGCGGAUCCCCUACAUGACCAGCUGGAGAGUUCUGCGUCUGCUUGCCGUGAUUCUGCUUGUGGUUCUUUGGUUCCUAGUGGCCUGGACCUCAGCCGUAUGCCAGAGCCAUGACACCCAACAUGCCCUUGUUGACAGCGGGGUCACCCCAGAGGGCCUGCAGUUUAACAUGUGUCUGUUGAAUAGCUGGGACUACAUGAUGGCUGCCGCCGAGUUCCUCUUCCUGCUGUGGGGCGUCUAUCUGUGUUAUGCUGUAUGGACUGUGCCAUCCGCCUUUCAUGAGCCACGCUACUUGGCGGUCGCCAUUUAUAAUGAACUCCUUAUCUCUGCAAUCUUCCACAUCAUUAGGUUCACUCUUGGGACUGGGCUGCAUCCAGACUGGAUGCUAAUGUUAUUUUUCGUCCAUGCACACUUGACAGUGACUGUUACAUUGGGUUUACUUCUUAUUCCAAAGUUCCUUUUCACUGGGACUCAUACACGGGAAGACAUUGUCACAGAGGCUUUUGAGGAUGAGCUGGAUAUGGGUCACUCAGGUUCUUGUCUGAACAGCAGCAUAACAUCUGCCUGGAGUGAGCACAGUCUGGACCCUGAGGACAUUAGGGAAGAACUAAAGAAACUCUACUCCCAGUUAGAGAUAUAUAAAAGAAAGAAGAUGCUGGCCAAUAACCCACACUUACAGAAAAAGCGCAGCUCCAAGAGGGGUCUUGGACGGACGAUAAUGCGGCGAAUCACAGAAAUACCAGAGACAGUGAGUCGGCAGUACAGCAGAGAAGACAGGGAAACCAAUGAGCAUGGAAGCAACAAAAAUACCUUGCGGAGAAAUCCUUUUGACCCAUCUCAUUCCGGCAAGUCAAGGGAAGAAUCUCUGAGGAUCAAGAUGUUCUCACUUAAGAGAUCUCAUAGCUAUGACCAUACACAUGACGAAGGUGGGGAAUCAAAUAGGGUGUCUGAUGAUAAAAUAGACAACUCCACCACUGAGACAUCACUGCUUGACACCUUGAUGGGCCGGAGGUCUAACAAGAAGAACCCUGAUGUACCAAAAGUCGAGUUAGCUGAAUCUGCUGAGUCAGUGCCCUUAGUGUGCAAGUCAGUUAGUGCACAUAACCUGGCUGCAGACAAAAAGCCUGUACAUCUGCGAACUUCAAUGUUACAGAAAUCCCUGUCUGUGAUUGCUAGUGCCAGAGAGAGGACACUAGGAAUAGCGGGGAAGACGCACAGCGUUGAGGAUGCAAGUAAGAAGAGUCAAAAAGAAAAAGACAGUACUGUACUUUCAGAAGUUGAGGAAUCCCCUGAAUGUUUUCCCAAAAUGAUCAUUAGCCAGUCGGUUGAGUACACCAAAACACCAAGUAAGAUGGGCAUCAUGAAGCAGCAGGUGAGUGGCAGUCAGCCCUCCAUUUGUUCCGAGCCUGGAAGGAGCAAGGAUCUGUACGACCUCUCUGAGAUUUGCCCUUGGGAAGUCGAGGACCUACCGACUCCUUCUGAGGGGAAGGCUCAAAAGCAUGUUUCCAUCGCCGUAACUGAAACUGACAACAUUCGAGCAAGCAGCCCAAAAAGUGGACGCUCUCAACACAAACAAAAAGGGGUGGGCCAAUCUCCUUUAGGCCGCCAUCACUCAAGAGAUAAGACUGGGGACAGCGAUGAAGGGAGGAAACCCAAAUCACCUCUCAACCUCAGUGCCCACAAAGAUUCAAGUCCAUGGAACUUUGACGAUCAGUAUGUCCAAGAAACAGAGACCGCGGGACUGUCCCCUGACAGAAUAAGACGCAAGAAAAGUGUUACACCGACAGAUGGAAAGCCUAAGAUCAUCCUCUCAGAUAUAUCCAAGUCCACAGGAAGCCUUUUGCAACCUCCAGCUUUCAUGGUGGAUAUUUGCCCUUGGGAUUACGAUCCACCCGUGUCCCCAAACCAAGACAAGACGUCCAGCCUCACACAUCAUUCAAAGAGACGGGAUUCUUGUUCAAAAAGGAAAGGAUUGUGCUCUUCUAAAGAUAAAGCAAAGGAUAAAGAGGAGGAUAAACGAAGGAGCAACUGUCGGGAGCGGAGAAGCUCCUCAAGCAAACCCUCAGAGAAACGUCGCCCAAGCCAAUCAGCAGAUGGUGACCAAGUUACCACAGUGGUGUCUGGCAGGAGAAGAAACUCUACUAAAGAGACAGCGGUGAGCAGCAGUAAACAUGCAGAAGUUCGUCCCUGGGAUACUGAGACAAUGCCAAAUGAAAAACAGCCUCCAACAUCUGAGAACCACACAAAUCGAACACCAGUCGAUUAUCUCAACAUGGCUGAAGUCUGUCCAUGGGACUUUGAUGAUAAGCUGUCAGGGAAAAAUGCAUGA